AUGGCAAGGAAGUGGCAGAGGGUAGCUGCCAUUGGAAGGAAAAGGAUCUCAUUGCAAAGCAGCAAAAGGGAUCUGCAUGCUGAGUGCUGCAGUACAUCAUUGAUGGCCGAUAAGGGGCAUUUUGUUGUUUACAGUUCUGAUAGGAGACGCUAUGUGAUCCCCUUGGCAUAUCUUAACACUGAAAUCUUCAGAGAGCCUUUACAAAUGUCUGAGGAGGAGUUUGGGAUACAAACUGAUGGCCCCAUCAUACUGCCAUGUGAUUCAAUUUUUACAGACUACAUAAUCUCAUGCAUCCAACGCGGUGUUGCAAAAGAUUUGGAGAGAGCUUUGGUUAUGUCUAUAGCUUCCAGCAACUGUUCAUCUUCCUCACACUUCCUUCAUGGACAGAAUAAUGAACAACUACUACUAUGUGCCUGCUGA